GAGAGUUCACGCUCCAUGCGUAAGAUCCGGGCUCGAGGAAAAAGGAUGAAUGUUAAUUUCAAAGAUGGCGGCGGAGGGAGGAGGGAAGGAAAUGAACGAAAUUAAAACUCAAUUCACCACUCGGGAAGGUGUCUACAAACUCCUCACUCACUCCGAAUACAGCCGCCCCAACCGGGUGCCUUUCAACUCGCAGGGCUCCAACCCCGUCAAGGUCUCCUUCGUCAACGUCAACGACCAGUCCGGCAACGGCGACCGGAUCUGUUUCAAUGUGGGCCGCGAGCUCUACUUCUACAUCUACAAAGGCGUCCGAAAGGCUGCUGACCUGAGCAAACCCAUAGACAAGCGCAUCUACAAGGGAACGCAGCCAACCUGUCACGACUUCAACCAUCUAACUGCAACAGCGGAGAGUGUAUCAUUACUGGUGGGGUUCUCGGCUGGACAGGUGCAACUGAUAGACCCCAUCAAGAAGGAAACCAGCAAACUCUUUAACGAGGAAAGACUCAUAGACAAGUCCAGGGUGACGUGUGUGAAAUGGGUGCCGGGCUCCGAGAGCCUCUUCCUGGUCUCUCACGCCAGCGGGAGCAUGUACCUGUACAACGUGGAGCACACGUGCGGCACCACGGCGCCCCACUACCAGCUCCUCAAACAGGGGGAGAACUACUCUGUCCACACGUGUAAGAGCAAGUCCACGCGGAACCCGCUGCUCAAAUGGACCGUGGGCGAAGGCGCGCUGAACGAGUUUGCCUUCUCCCCCGAUGGGAAGUUCCUGGCCUGCGUGAGCCAAGACGGCUUCCUGCGGGUGUUCAACUUUGACGCCGUAGAGCUGCACGGCACCAUGAAGAGCUAUUUCGGUGGCCUGCUCUGCGUGUGCUGGAGCCCCGACGGCAAGUACAUCGUGGCGGGCGGCGAGGACGACCUAGUGACUGUGUGGUCGUUCCUCGACUGCCGGGUCAUCGCCCGGGGGCACGGACACAAGUCGUGGGUGAGCGUGGUGGCGUUCGACCACUACACCACCAGCGUGGAGGAGAGCGACCCCAUGGAGUUCAGCGGCAGCGACGAGGACUUCCAGGAUCAGAUGAUCCACUUUGGACGAGACCGGGCCAACAGCACGCAGUCGCGGCUCUCCAAGCGCAACUCGACGGACAGCCGGCCCGUGAGCGUGACAUACCGCUUCGGCUCCGUGGGCCAGGACACCCAGCUGUGCCUCUGGGACCUCACGGAGGACAUCCUCUUCCCCCACCUCCCCCUCUCGCGGACACGGACACACACUAACGUCAUGAACGCCACCAUCCCCCCCCUGGGGUCGACCGCAGUGACCAACACUCCCAGCAACACUACAAACGGAAACAACAGUGGUGCGAGCACGCCGGGCCUCAACUCCACGACGUUACCGCGCUCAAACAGCCUGCCCCCCCCCGCGGGCGGCCCCGCCACCACCCCCACCCCCACCCCCACCACCACCACCACCGCCACGGCCAACAGCACUAACAAGGCCGGCACGGGGGGCCUCACCAGCGGCAUCUUGGACAGCGCGAUCGCCACGGGCGUGAGCAAAUUCGCCACGCUGUCGCUCCACGACCGCAAGGAGCGGCCCCACGAGAAGGACCACAAACGCAACCACAGCAUGGGGCACAUCAGCAGCAAAAGCAGCGACAAGCUCAACCUGCUGACCAAGAGCAAAGCGGACCCCGCUAAGACUCUAGGCACCCUGCUGUGUCCCCGCAUGGAGGAGGUGCCCCUUCUGGAGCCCCUCAUCUGUAAAAAGAUAGCUCACGAGAGACUGACUGUGCUCAUAUUUUUAGAGGACUGUUUAGUGACCGCUUGUCAGGAGGGAUUUAUUUGCACAUGGGCAAGGCCAGGCAAAGUGGGCUUAUUGUCAUCCCAAAACCAAGCCAGCUCUCCCAGUGGAACAGUAGUAUAGCCACAAUAUUUCUGCUGCUAAACCAACCCUGCAACCCUGAGUCUGAUGCUGCUCUUCACCCCGCAAGCAUUGCAAGUUUUCUUUUCUUUCCACCCCCCCCCUUCCCUCCUCUUCCUCUUCCUCAUCGCCCGCCUGCCUUCUUCCUGGUUACAUUAAUUGCUUUUAUAUUUCUGUUGAUCACUUAUUGACCUAGAGGAUUGAGAAGACAGAAACAAAGAUAGGGGUGUGGUGCAAUGUGGGAUUAUUGUGCUCAUGUAUCCUUGCCGGGGUUUUAAGAUGUUUUUGAAUUCCUAUAUAUUUUUCUUCAACUUCAGAAAUCUUUAUUUACACCCUCUCACUACCCAAAGUGUGACUAGUGACCAUUCAGCAAGAGGCUUGCUAUUAAAAUAAGUUUGUUCAUUGUUUAGUCUCCGAGGCUUUAUAUGUAUAGAUAUAUCGAUAUCGAUAGAUUUAUAGCUAUAUCGAUUGAUAUAUAGCUAUGUCUAUCUAUAGAUAUAUAUAAUGAGGGAGAGAGAUUGGUGAAUUAACCUUUUUUAUAACCAACCGGCAUAUUUUAGAAUUUGCAUUAAUUCACAUUCAAACACCACUUUUGGUCUCGGUAGAAAAAAUCCCUACAAACGACUUUGCACUGAUUUUGUUAUUUUCUUUGUUUUUAUAACUACUAUAAAGGAACAAGCAAGAUGGUUGAGAACUGCCUUGCUGCAAUCGGCUUAAGAUACACUCAGUCUGAUGAAACCUGAAACCAUAAGCUGGAUGCUGCAAUCAGUCUUUUAAAGGAAAGAAAAAAGUUUGCACUUAAAAUUAGUUUAGAAAAAGAUGGCUUUACAUUUUGGAGCGUGCUCAUACUCACACAUGGCUAAUACAGUAGGUGAGAACAAUUCUGAAACUUUAAAUAUUGAAACAUUUAUAUUAAUAUUUCAGAUUCCAAUCUGCUCUGUAUCAUAAUGUGUAUAUUGUAAUUCAGUGAACUGAUGGGGGCCUAAGCAAAAGACCAUUACUCCAGUGAAGUUUUGUCAUUGAUAGUUAUAUUUCUAAAGCCUAAAGUAUACAUAAUAAUAUUAAAAUAAUCUUGAAUACACGGGUUUCUGUUUUUUUAUUUUUUGAGUUGGAAGUCCACUCGCAUGUUUGUUUUCUAAAUUACUUAUUUUAAAUUCCCAAUGGUGGUAAAGGGAAGGCCCACACUAUCCAGAUGGCACUGUCACAGAUUAAAGUCUUCCAGGGUUCCAAGAUGUUGUCGGUUUAAAACUGCUUUUUAGAAAAGUAUUUUGAGGUUUGUGAACCUUUCAUUUUUCUUAGCCACAAAUAAAAACAGACUCAUGAUGUGGUGAAGGAUUUUAUUAUAUACUAUCGAGAGGAACAGAAGACGACCAUCCGGGUGUGUCAAACUGUUUAGUUUACUUUAUUUAUGGUGAAUCACCAAUUACUGCCAAGAUGAGUCGAAUUACCUUAUACAUUAACUAGGAGACAAAGAUCGAAUACAUUUUUGUUUAAUGUGGAUAAUAUUUUACACCUAACAAUUUAUUCUUCAUUAAAAAAAACACAUAUUUUUCUCGUUUGUUCUCAACAAUGUUCCUUUGUGUCAAGACCUAUUACUUGAAACUUUACUUUGUUUUUGCUGCAGCCUGCCGGAGUCCUCAACCAAAUGAGACCUGACACAUUUUCAUUCUAAAUGUCCAAAACAUUUAGUUUAGAUUUAGUCAUGCUCUAGUCAAUCUCUGAGCAAUGCAAUUGUUAUGGCAUAAUGCAUAGAGUAUUUUCUUCCAAAUGGGUACUCCCUUCGUUAUUACGUGUAGCCUACUACACGUAAAGGUUUUCUAAUUGUGUGGAUGCACUGUGCAAUCAAGUGAUGUGUAUAACUUACGAACCAAAUCCUGCUUAUUUACCAUGUGUCCACUAAACGUUUUUUUUAGAUUAAAUUAUUACGCAUAUUAGGAGAUGGUAAAGGGGCCGCUUUGGCCCCCCGUAAGACAAAGGGCUGCCCCCAGUGUCUUCGCACUCCGCCUUAUUUGUUGGGCCGCUCGUAGUUGAAAAAAUAUCUGAACUUUUCAGAAAGGCGCUGGUGUCGUCACUGCUGCUCCUCAUCAGGCAACCAAUGCUUUAUGACAUGGCGCGGGACUCGUCACAAUUGUAAACAAGAAAAUGGUGGCUUUAUAUGUCUGACAGAUAUAACAUGUAACCAUUACACAUUCUCCUUGCUCUACGGCUGUCAGAUUGAUCGGGGACAACACCUUUAUUAAGCGCCUCCAUUAAAAGUAUGAGGGCAGGCGUGGUCUUGUUAGUGCUCAUUGUGAAAUAAUGUUCAACAAAUGGAUACAAAUAUAGAUAAUAAAAAGGAAACUAUGCAAAGCUGGUUUAUAAUACAACGUAUGUGUAUUAUAAACUAAAUGUGUAUGAAAACUAGGGCGGUUUUCAUACAAAAAUAAAAUAAAUGCUAUUUAGGCAACGGGUCAUGAUACCUUGCAAUAUAGAAUUGGGAAACAAUUUUCUCUUGUUUAUAUUGUCUGAAUUGGAACUUUGAAUCAAUAAUAUUACCGUGGGUUACAUUGUACAAAAUCUCAGGAAAAUAAAUCGGAAGUUUGAUUUUAUUAGGCAUUUACAGUAUCUGUGGAUAUCUACUGUUCUUGUAAUUAUUCCUCGAAAGGCCAUACAUUCAGUUUGUAUCUUUCUUUUUUAAAACAUAUUUGUUUCUGAUGCUAUACAAAACAUCAACGACCAACUUGCAUCACACACAAAGGGGUUAAAAAAAGCGCUUUAUUUUGUCUUUCUGAGCCCGUCAGGGUUGAUGGUCUUUCCCUCAGUAACCUCCACGUUUUCUGUCUAGAGGUGGCAUGUAGUAGGCCUUGAGCCCGGCACGAUGUGACUCAUCCCUGGGCUGGAAGGAGGGGGAAACACAGCUUGCUCAAUCAAACCCUGUCUAUUAAGCCACACAACAGCCCUCUUUCAUCCACGCUCCACAAUGCUUCUUACCUUGGCCAACCGUGAAUGGCACUUCUUGGUUGAGAUUGCAGGCAGUGAGUUCCGGUGGACCCCAGCGUGAGGAGGCACCAUGGCGGCUUGGUAGGAGACCUGGGGUCCCGGCACCACCAUGUUGAGCUUGGGUAACUCCGCUGCAUAGUGGGGGAUGUUGCGUCUCAUCAGGGGCUCGGUUCCAUGUUUUAUGCUAUGCUGUAGAGUGUAGACACAAAAGCACAUGUUCAUUUUGACAUGCCAUGGGUGGGAUAUUGCUAUAGUUAUUAAUAAAUAAUAAUUAAUUAUUAGGGUGAUUCCCAGCUGAAAGGUUCUGUGUGUGAUCAAACAUUUCUUAUUACCUGAAGGCCAUGUACAUUUUUUAGCAUUAUAAAGUACCUGCUCCUCAAAAUGAAAUGCAUAUGUUCACUGUAAAGCUUAAUUCCAAGUAGCACCUACAAUUUUUUCAUACAGAGCUUGGGGGAGGUGGGGUAAUAAGUUAAGAUUGACUCACACUUAAUAAAGAAGUCUGUCUUGAGUGUCUUCCCCUCACUUGCUUGCCGAUUCGGGCUGGCCGCCAGAUGUGCUCUAUAGAAUGAGGCAUCUUACCAGUGUCCCCUGCCUCAACUGCCUCAAUAGUCCUCAUCAGACUUUCACUUUUCUUCUCAGCCAGUCUGGGAAAACCAAGGUGAGGAGUUAUGUUUUAAUACGAUUAAAAGGAUCUACAUUUUUUGCCUGAUUUGGCGGUCUUUUCAUUAUCAUUUAUUCUUGAUUUUUUUCCUGAGGUUGAAGUUUAAGCUUAAUUAAGUUGAGUGUUUUUUUCACCAUGACUGAUGUCUGUGCAGUACUGCUGUUUGGCAAAUAUAUAUAUCUUAAAGGAAACAAUCUACCCACUGCAAAUGGUAGAAUCAUAAUUUUCAAGGGCGAGUGAUCAAGAGUCAAAGAAUUCCACCUGAUUUCCCGGAAGUAAGUGUGCUGCAAGGCCAUCUGCGCGGAGAUGCGCUCAUCUGGGUCGUAGGCCAACAUCUGGUACAGCAAAGACAGGGCUGGUGCCGGACAGUUGGGGAUCAGCCGGGAGAUACCACUUCCCUUUUUAGGGGGGAAAUCGAAACACAUCGCCCGGGACCUACCACACAAUGUGGGUAGAACUUAGUUUGUGUUGUCUUUUUAUGGAACAUGAAUUUUUUAUCGUCAUUAUUGCUGAUGUGUAAUCAAUUAAGAUGAAGCAAUGUUAAGGGGAUGAAAGGGGAGCUUACUGCUUGAAUUUUUGCAGGACGCUGACUUCUGGUGUCCCCAGCACAUCGUGGAUCUUGGCAAUCUGGUCUAGUUCAUUCGAUCCAGGGAACAGAGGGUUCAAGCUGCAAUAUAUAUCAUAAAUCAUUUGUCAUUGUCCGUGGCAUCAAAUUAACACAAAGGUUGAGUUUAUGAAUUGUUCAACAAGACUUGAGACAUGCAGGUUUGAAUAAAUUCCAUACAAAAUAUGCCAAACAUCCUGCUGCUUUGACGAUGACACAACCAAAUAGGCCGGUUAUGAAUUAUUCCAUCGAGAACUGAAACUGAAUGACUCCAUACAAAUUCUACCAAAAAUAACUGAUUUCAUUGGCUGGUUGAAGCAUGUCGGAUACUAAGUUAAUAUGACACAAACGACCAACUGCUCCCAAAAUACCAUUUCUAUUGCCAGCGUUUUGAAUGCAGUGAUCCAUGUAAUCGGGUACCUGAAGAUCUCAAAGAAAACGCAGCCGGUGCUCCAGACGUCCAUUUUUAGGCUGUAGUAUCCAUCUGUGAGGAGGCACUCAGGGGCCCGGUACCAGCGAGUGGAAAUGUACUCUGUGUGCGGAGGUUUGGAGUGCACACUCCGGCAGGAUCCAAAAUCUCCCAGCUUAAGGGUGUCUUGCUGCAACAGGUAGUGUGCAACGAAUGAGGAGAGUCAUUCCUACAGGGCAAGCUACUAGAAACGGUUUUAUUAAACUUGUGCCACUUACUUUAAUGAGAAUAUUUUCUGGCUUCACAUCUCGGUGAAAGAUGCCACACCUAUGAUAUAUAGGAGAAGGGGAAAGCUCUUAAUAUAUGUAUAUUAGUAUCGACUAGUGAGUUUACAUUUAAACCUUCAUACCCACCUGUGCAUAUGCUCUAGAGAUUUACAAAGCUGGUACAUGUAUUGUUUGAUCGUGGUCUCAGGCACUGGAGAUUGUCUACCUAAAAAAAAAGGUA